AUGGCUGGUGGAAAGAUUCCCGUUGUAGGAAUUGUGGCAUGUCUACAGCCUGAAAUGGGUAUAGGAUUUCGGGGUGGUCUACCAUGGAGGCUGCCUAAGGAAAUGAAGUAUUUCAAGCAAGUCACCACAUUGACCAAGGAUUCAAAUAAACAAAAUGCUGUGAUAAUGGGAAGGAAGACAUGGGAAUCCAUACCACCUAAGUUUCGCCCACUGCCGAAUAGAAUGAAUGUCAUUAUAUCGAGAAGCUUUAAGGACGAUUUCGUUCAUGACAAAGAAGAGUCAAUAAUCAGAAGCAAUUCAUUAGAAAACGCAUUGACCAACCUAGAAAACAAUUUCCAAGAGCAUCUAGAAAGAAUUUACGUGAUUGGCGGUGGGGAAGUUUAUAAUCAAAUCUUCUCCACCACCGACCAUUGGCUCAUAACAAAAAUAAAUAAACUAGAUGAAAAAGUGCCUCCUCCUAUGGAUACUUUCCUUGACCUAAAAAGAUUAAAGGAGGCAUUCAGCGAGCAAAAUCCGGCCCAGUUAAAAGAAUUUCUCCCCGCUAAGGUCGAGUUGCCAGAAACGGAUUCUAAUCAACGCUACUCACAAGAGGAAAAGGGAUAUUACUUUGAGUUCACUCUGUACAAUCGUAAAUGA